UCGUUCACCUGUUUCAUGUAUUUAUGUAAAAUUCUAUUGUUAUUGUGUUAAAUAAAGUAAAAAGCGUGUAGAAAUGAUUUAUUUAUAGUUGGAUAUGGUAGAAUCUCUACUAUAGGGGCAAAGUCAUUAUUAAUUUUAUUUGUGGGGAGUUUAGUGCAGUUAUUGUUACACAAAUAUUAAAAAUCAUUGUAAACUUUAAUUAUGGCAGAAAAAAAGAGUCCAGAAGAAACUUUACCCAAACACUCAAAGCCCAGUGAUACAAUGGAGCAAGCAGAGGGCAGUGAUAAGAACAUUCCACCAAAGCCUUUACCUGAUAAAGUAGUGCCAGUGCCGGUGGUAGUCCCUGUAGUGACUCCAUCUCCUCGGCUGACCAUUCCAGCAUUCACGAAGACAUCACCCAAUGAACUGUACAGGAAACUACUGCCUGCUGUCUUGUUUCUACUGACUUUUGUGACUGUAAUGACAGUGUUAUUGGUUUAUAUGGAUACAGUGGCAUUGGGUGCACAACAGUUUCGUCUGAACAUGUCUCGUGAUUACGAACUGGCUAAGAUACCUCAGGAGUCACCACCUCUUGUCGCUUACGUGAGGCAACUGCACCUUGCGCCCAGAGCUGCACAUGUCCAGCCACCGAACCCUGAACCCACUCCGAGAGUUCAAAUCCUGGAUCAGAUCCUUGGACCGGAGGAACGUGGGACUUUUGUGGAGUUUCUACCUAAAGGACCGAGGGAUAAUACUACAUUGUUUCUGGAGGCUGUCCGAGGUUGGGAUGGGGUUGUGGUCAGAGCUGCUGCAAGGGAUUAUUUGGCACUGAGAGGGGCAGCGAGAGCUUUGCAUGCUUGUCUCAGUCCUACUAAUCAUCCUCGUGAGGUGACAUACCAAGAGUCUGAGAGCAGUGGAUCAGCAUUCCGGUCUCGUGUGCUCUGUCUACCUCUGUACACGGUGCUGCUAGCUGCGGAGGCGGCGCGCGCGCAGCUGCUGCUGUUGGCGGGCGAUGCCGCAUUGCCCGCCCUCACACAUCUGCCCUACCACCUGCCCGACCUACAGCUGCAGGUAAUUGAAGUAUUCUCAACGGAUGCUUCGUACCGCAACAAGACAUCAGAGUUCCUUGCAACCAAGAACUAUACAAUAGCGGCAACCUUUGCUGACAGCGUCAUGUACUCUCUCAGUCCACCCCAACAGUGAUACAGCUUGAAGGUAACUCAAUACUUAGGUAUUUUAUAUAUUUUUAACUAAUGAUUACAAUUCACUGUUCACACAUAACAUAGUUCAGUU